AUGAGUGGUUGGACCAGGGACCGUGGCGCGCCGCCCUCCGCCGCUAUAAGAGGCUGCGCUCACGCCCCACGCGGAACCCGAAGCUCAGACCAGUCCAGACGUCUCGACCCGCGUUGGACCCGAGGCCGGACCGGCCGCUUCGCAGCCGACGCCAGCCCCGGGCCUGGGAGGAACAAGCGCCCCGGGACUCCUGCCGCGGGUAUCAUGGGUGCUGCCCACUCCGCGUCCGAGGAGGUCCGGGAGCUCGUGGGCAAGACAGGCUUCUCAUCAGACCAGAUCGAGCAGCUCCACCGGAGGUUUAAGCAGCUGAGUGGAGACCAACCCACCAUUCGCAAGGAGAACUUCAACAAUGUCCCUGACCUGGAGCUCAACCCGAUCCGAUCCAAAAUCGUCCGUGCCUUCUUUGACAACAGAAACCUGCGCAAGGGCACCAGCGGCCUGGCCGAUGAGAUCAACUUCGAGGACUUCCUGACCAUCAUGUCCUACUUCCGGCCCAUUGACAUCACCAUGGACGAGGAGCAGGUGCAGCUGUGCCGGAAAGAGAAGCUGAGAUUUCUGUUCCACAUGUACGACUCGGACAGCGAUGGCCGCAUCACCCUGGAAGAGUACCGAAAUGUGGUGGAGGAGCUGCUCUCAGGAAACCCCCACAUCGAGAAGGAGUCUGCGCGCUCCAUCGCCGAUGGGGCCAUGAUGGAGGCGGCCAGCGUCUGUGUGGGGCAGAUGGAGCCUGAUCAGGUGUACGAGGGGAUCACCUUCGAUGACUUCCUGAAGAUUUGGCAGGGGAUCGACAUCGAGACCAAGAUGCACGUCCGCUUCCUUAACAUGGAAACCAUGGCCCUGUGCCAUUGAGCCCCCGGUCCCCUGGAGAACCCACACGUGGACCUGGGCAGCGAGACCUGGGGGCCCUUUUGCUACAGCUCUUGUAAAUAGUCUACACUCCUCGCCCAUCUCUUUUCCUGCAGGGUAUGGUAUGUGGGACCUUGCUGUUUUUAUUUCUAAUAAAAAACAAAAAGGGUUUGUUAAUGAA